GCAUGCGCGUGCGUGUGUGUGUUUGUGUGUAGGUGUGUGCGUGCACACACCAGACUGCCGUGCAGAGAGCAACAGUUCACUCGGUCGUCACUGAGGCUACUUCUCACCACCGAUCCAGGAGUCGCAGAUCAUCUCCAAACCCCAAAGACGGGACACCGGGUCUGGGGCAGACAAGACUACAGCGUUCUCUCUCUUCCCGCUACGCUUCCAGCAGAGGGAGGCAGGAAAGGCAGCCCAGGGAAAGUCACUCAGGCAGGCAGAGAGGCAGCCAGACCUUUCCCUCCCCAGCUGCACCUGGAGUUCACCACUGGGACACUUCUGCCUGACAACUCCCUGGCUCGUCACUGAGACUCACUCGUGGCUGUGGACUAUAUUUCACACACACCUCUCCUCUGCAUCUGUGGCUUCGGAGGGUGUGUGUUCUGAUUGCGACUUGGGUGCUGUGUGAAUAUACACACACACACACACACAAACACCAAGACUAUCGACCUCAUCGCCUGUCACAUUAGCACAACAGAGGACAGGCAGAGCAGGAAAAGGACUUAGUUUGGUGCUGGUUUGUCUUGCUGUUAGCCCUGAAAGCUUGCAGGCGUUAAUUGAGUUGAGACAGCUCUGUGGGCACCUCUGCGGGGCUGCUCGAAGGACAGAGAGGGGACAGAGCCAGAGACGCAGCAGCAUGUUUGACUGUGUGGAGGCCCUGGGGGUGGCCCCCAGGCCCCUGUACGAUGUGUCCGCCCAGGGCUCCUGCAUGCUGCGCAAGGUCAGCUCCUUCUUCCCCAACCUGGAGUCCUUCUCAUGGGCUGCCACCAUGCAGUCGGUGGAGACGCAGAGCACCAGUUCAGAGGAGAUGGUCCCCAGCUCCCCCUCCCCUCCCCCUCCACCGCGCAUCUACAAGCCAUGCUUCGUGUGCCAGGACAAAUCCUCCGGCUACCAUUAUGGAGUCAGCUCCUGCGAGGGAUGCAAGGGCUUCUUCCGGCGCAGCAUCCAGAAGAACAUGGUGUACACCUGCCACCGAGACAAGAACUGCCAGAUCAACAAGGUGACGCGCAACCGCUGCCAGUACUGCCGGCUGCAGAAGUGCUUCGAGGUCGGCAUGUCCAAAGAAGCUGUGAGGAAUGACAGGAAUAAGAAGAAGAAGGACAUUAAGGAGGAGGUGGUGCUUCCGGAGAGCUAUGAGUUGAGUGGAGAACUGGAGGAGCUGGUCAACAAAGUUAGCAAGGCCCACCAGGAGACUUUCCCCUCACUCGGCCAGCUGGGCAAAUACACUACUAACUCUAGUGCGGACACCAGAGUGCAGCUGGAUCUGGGGCUGUGGGACAAGUUCAGUGAGCUCUCCACCAAGUGCAUAAUCAAGAUCGUAGAGUUUGCCAAACGCUUGCCCGGAUUCACCACUCUCACCAUCGCUGAUCAAAUCACCCUGCUCAAAUCAGCAUGCCUAGAUAUCCUGAUGCUGCGUAUCUGCACGCGCUACACUCCAGAGCAGGACACCAUGACCUUCUCAGAUGGGCUAACGCUCAACCGCACACAAAUGCACAACGCUGGCUUCGGCCCCCUCACUGACCUAGUGUUUGCAUUUGCCGGGCAACUGCUGCCCCUGGAGAUGGACGACACAGAGACAGGCCUCCUCAGUGCCAUCUGCCUGAUCUGUGGAGACCGUAUGGACCUGGAGGAGCCAGAGCGUGUCGACCGGCUGCAAGAACCGCUGCUAGAGGCACUGAAGCUGUACGCUCGUCGCCGCCGCCCCAACAAACCCCACAUGUUCCCACGCAUGCUCAUGAAGGUUACUGACCUCAGAGGCAUCAGCACCAAAGGAGCCGAGCGAGCCGUCACGCUGAAGACGGAGAUCCCCGGCCCCAUGCCGCCUCUAAUCCGCGAGAUGCUGGAGAACCCAGAAGUGUUCGAGGAGGCCGCAGAGGCCGCCAGGGCGGCUGAGAGUGCCAGCGGGGCCUCCACUGCCUCAGCCUCCACCCAGCCACCCCCCGCCAUCCAGGCCAUCAAGCGCGAGCGCGAGGAAGAGGAAUCGACCCUGGAGGAGGAGGACGAUGAUGAAGAGGAUGGGGACGAGGACAGAGAGCGAGGAGGGGACAGCGACGACGAGGCCUGGGGCCUAACGCCGCCUGACCCCACGAGGAAAGGCGCCACAGGUCGAGCCCAGUGAGGAGGGGGAAAACCAAGAGAGAUGGAGAGAUAGAGAGAAGAGGAAGAAGAGAGAGAAAGGGAAAGAGGAAGAGUACAGCAUCUCUAUCGACUGUCUGAACUCCUUUACAAACUGCAGCAGUAUGCAACCCUUUGGUGUCUUAUUUAUCUUAGUGCUUGAGGGGUGCAUACUUGAAAAUACACACACACACACACACACACACACACACACACACACACACACACACACACACACACACACACACAUAAACGUGCACACACACACACAUGAAUUUCUCUGCACUCUAUGCAUACGGGAACAGGCCCAUCUCAACAGAUAAGCCAACCAGCUGGGGUCGGUUGUCCUUGGAGACGGACACAUGCUUGAGAUCAUAAGCUAGUGUACUUAAAAAGAAUCAAAGUUAUGAAAGCACUACACAUGUCCACCUCUGGACUAGAACGAAUCAGAGGAGACAGAGCAGAAAAAAGACACUACAGUGCCAUACCAAUCACUGUGCUUGGUAAUAAAUGUGGCGAGGGAUUUUGUUUACUCCGUAAAGAAAAUGCAAAAAAAAAGAAACACACACUUAAUAGGUGCUUUCACCUUUGAUGUGUGUGAGGGGAGAAAAAAACUCAAAUACCCAAUCCAGCAAGUUUUGAGAAACAGAAAUGUAAUAAUGAUAAAGCACCAUCUUCCACCGGUGUUCUUGGAAACAACUGUUAUUUUAUUUGACAUUUUGUAUUGUCUCAUCUUUCUAAUGGUAUAUAUAAGCCUUUAUAUAUAAUACUGCUUUUGCAUAUGUUCAUUUUUAUGUGUUUUGUUUUCCUUUUUUUCAUUUUGUUGCUCCAGACAUUUGAAUAUGUAUGUACACCUCUCCCAUGUGCAGAUACAUGAUUUUAAAGUUUCGUGACAGACCGUCAUCCUUCCUUUCAAAUCUCCCAAACUUCUAAUUAAUUAAACUAUUUACAGAAACCAAGUUAAUGUAGGGCCAUUCUAUACUCCCUACUCACCUCCUAUUGGUGGAGCUCAUUGUAAACAUUUUCCAGAUGAUACAUUUAAUAUUGGGACCACAAAUAUGUUCAUAUGCACACUGCCUUCCCUGUUUCCCGGCACACAUAAACAUACUGUUCCGUUUUCACACACACAUCUUACCCGUUUAAAUACAGUACUGCCCUUGUUAAUAUGUGUGUGAUAGCAGUCAGAUAGCAGGCCAAAUGUUUGACUCAGGGCAUCAUUCCAAGGACCAAAUCUCACCUGACUGGUGAUCACGCCUCUAUCACACUCUCCAUGGAUACCAUAAGCUCUAGCACCAAGCAUCACCAAGCCAUUACUUGUGUUAUCUCAAAGAGGCGCUUUAAUUUUAGCUGCAUCCUUUGGCCAAGAUGGAGGGGAGAAAAGGGAGGUGGUGUGGUUGAUAGUGCCUCGGAAUGGAAAGGCAUACAACAGCAAUAUUCAGAGACAUAACCAUCUUUAGGCACUUGUCCAUCAAAACAAUAUGGAAUGAGUUUUUUGAAAAGUGCUGGACAGUGUAGUGCUAGAUAAGCAAGUGUGGAUGUGUUCUGCGAAUUUCAGCUUACAUUGGCAUCACCACAUUUACAUGUAGGAGUCCGAGUUCCUUUUCCCUGGUCUAACUGUUACAAAUGUAUGUUUCCAUUGUUGCAUUCCUGAAACAUCUCAGUGUGCGCCUUUGAUUAGCGUGGUAGUCUUGUUGCCGUGAUGUCCUCACUCUCGCUUUAAGCCCUGUUGGGAUCCAUGUGUCUCUGGGGCCAGCACCUCAUGAGGGACGAGAAGGCAUGGCGGUUAUGAGCUCAGUCUAUUUAUUGUUCUUAUUUAUUCUCGAUUCCUCAGCUUGUACUUAACCAGUUCUCUUGAGGUGGACUUCAUACUAAACCAGAUUGUGCUGUCGCUUCCCUCACCUGACAGUUCUCUUUACUAGUAUGGUGAGAGUUACAUCCAAAAAAAAAACAGACUAAGCCUUCUACUUGUGUAAGACAACACACCAAGAGCUGAUGUCCAUGUAAUACACAAUAUAGACAAAAGUACUGAGGCUUCUGCUAAAACUAGACUAGCGAGCCAGGCCCUCUUGACCAACAUCACUGCCUGACCUCCCAAAUGCCCUUCUGAAUUAAUGGGCAAACAUUUCCACAACCACUCUAAAAUCUUGUGGAAAUCCUUCCCAGAAACAGUGGAAGCCAUUACAGGGGGGGGGCUAUUACAGCACCAUAUUAAUACCUAUGUAUUUAGAAUGGGAUGCCAUUAAAAUUCCUGUGGAUGUAAUGGCAGGCGUCCCAAUGCUUUGUCUAUACAGUGUAUCUGUCAAAUGACAAAGAAAUCACAUUACAUGUAUCCCAGUUCAUACAAAUGCCCAGACGCCCAGUACAAUGAGAGGUCUGUUGUGGACACGAUGCAGUGUAACUUUUAGGCCACUUGUGUCACUCUUCCUACCCUACAGAGCUCAGGCAAAGAAUGAUUUUAAAAACACACGGGUGGUUGCUGAUCAGGUCUGUACAGUAUAGACUGCAGCCAUCCACAUGGUUUAUGCAUCAAGGAUAUGCAUGCACUGAUGUCAGGUGGUUUGACAGGGUAUCUUUGGCCUGCAGUCUCUUCAGGUAUUAAAUACGUCCAAGAGUGGCUUAGAAAAACAUGGAGAAUACACAGUUAAGAGUUGACUGUUGUCUGUCCCUAAGUGUAGUUGUCGUCGGGUAUUGUAACAUUCAUUGGGUCAGGACCACAGGAGUCAAGUGCUAUGCGAAAAUGUGUUAUAAGUUGUCUGCUUUCAAUAUGAACCACCUCCUGUCUGUACAAUUCAAGAAGCCAUUGUGUGUGUGUGUGUGUGUGUGUGUUUGUGUGUGUGUGUGUGUGUGUGUGUGAGUGUGAGUGCGUGCGUGC